CGUGCAGACAGUAACAGGACCCAAGUAACACCAGCCCAACAGAGAUAAGCAGAAGAAGGUCCGCGAAUAAGAGGGCAACCCUCGAAGGCCUGUGUUUUUCCCCGCAAUCUCCCGAUAUCUCGAUCACUUGCCAGGAUUCGGGUUGUUCCUCUUCCCCCUCUCUCUCAGCCCUGAUAUCUAAUCAGAUUUGCGUUUCAAGUAUUCCAAUCUCUGCAUACGCACAUAUACUCAUACAGGGGAGGGAGGGAUCUACUCAGAAACGCAGAGAGAAUGUCGAAGAAGAAGGCUUUCAGUGGCAGCACUAUGACUCUUAAGGACUUUCAUGGCGGUUCUAUUCCAUCUGAUCUUCCUCUCCCUUCUGCUCCUGGUGUAAUUGUUAGGUCUUCGGAGUGGUCUGGUUACGACCGACCAAAUUCAUGGGGAGGGUCAAUGGGUCGUCCCGAUCACCGGGCCAGGCCUAAUUCGUCCCCUGCCACUAGGCAUUUUGAUGAUAAGGCCCCUUUUCUUAGUCAUACAGCACAGAUAGGUCGUCAUUUCGAUGAGGACGAACGCAAGCCUUUAGACGGUGUUUCGGCUCCACGCCGAACAGUUGGUGAUGAGAGCUUUAGGUUCCCACCGAGUAGGAUGGAACUUAAGCCGGAGCCUGUGUUGAGUGGGAGGGUGUCAGGUUCAGCUUCAGCUUCAGGGGUGCAGGUUGCAAGUUCAUACUCAGGGAGAGUAAGCGAUGGGGCUCAUGUGGGGGCAAGUGUGCAGAAUGCAGGGGUUAAUACUGGGCAGAGCGUUGGAGGGUCAUACCCAAAUGUAUGGGCAGCCAGGAAGGAGAUGGUGGUGGAUGUUAAUGAGCCAGCUCAAUCUGCAUGGUCAGGAGCAAGUGCUGUCUCAAAGUUAGCUCUUGCCAGUGCUCUUGAAAAGGUGUCUUCAGGCAGAUGGCAGACAAAGCCUGCCAUUCACUAUCAGCCAGAUGUUGAGGUUAUUGAGCACUUGGAAACAGAAAAGGGUGUGGCUUCCAUAGUUGAUGAUGGUUAUGCAUGCAAUAAGAUGGAUGCAGUAGGUGGGGGGGAAUAUCCUGAUGUGACAUUGGCAAGGCAUGUGGAAAGGAAUAUGGUCAUUCAGGAUGGGAUUCAAAAUGACAGAAAGGAGUAUGUUGAUCAUGAAAAGGCCAGGGCUGCUUCGUUUUCGGAAUUGAGAGAUAGGAACCCAUCAGUGCAUGGCGAGAGGGUUCAAUCACCACGUCCUGAUGUCAGAUUUAGUAGGUCUGAAAUGCAACCCCCUGUGCAGUCUGAACCAUCAGAGCGGCCUAAGGUGAAGUUGCUUCCAAGAACAAAGCCAUCAGAAAAUUUGGAUUCUCCUACUCUUGAUCACAAACAGGGAUACCAAAAGCUGAGUAACUCUGCCAAUGGUCAUUUUGAAACUAGUGAAUGGCAUGGAAGUGUCAGUGCUGCGAAAUCUGGGUUAGCUAAUUUGGAGAGUGAUUAUCAGGUGAUAGAGCGCCCAAAAUUGAAUUUGAAGCCACGGUCACAGCCUGUUGACAAAUCAGAAGGGAACACAGAAAGGUUUGCAUUAUUUGGUGGUGCUCGCCCUCGUGAAGUGGUUCUGAAGGAGCGUGGAAUUGACAGUGCUGCAAUUAGUAACCAUAGCGUGGGUCAGCAGCCAGAUAGGGUCAUGCUUAAUGUUUCCAAGAUUGAAAGAGUCCCUGAGCAUGCAGUUCCUAUUCGUCAUGGUGAAAGGACUGACAAUAUUCAUCCAGAUCAAAGGACAGGAAAGAAAAUUGAAAAGAAGGAUCAGAAAAUGGAUGUUGAGAGAGUUGAUAAACAGAGGAGGAAUUGGCGAAGUGAGAACUGGAGAAACAGCAGAGAGACUGAGAGGCAGCAGCAACCUCAAUUGCAGCAGGAGAGGCCUCCUUCACCAGAGACCUGGCGAAAACCAGUUGAACAACCAAAACCAGCCUCUCCUGAUGCUACUGGUCUGCGUUAUGGUAAAACAGCUUCAGCCUUGGAGCUUGCCCAAGCAUUCUCAAGGUCAUUCUCUGAUCCAAAAACAACUGAUAGAUAUUCUGGACAAAGAGGCCUCCCUGGCAAGACUCAAAUGCCCUUUUCACGGCUAACGGGCCCAACACCAAGGCAUCAAAUAAAUGGCUACUAAAUUUUGAGCGGUCUUAUGGCCAAUUAGGAAUCUGGUGUUAAGAAGAUUGUGCCUCUGAUAUUUAAGCCUUUGUUAGAUGCGAGCUGUUGCAAUCAUCUGUCACUCAGCGAAUGAGUUUGCACAAUUGAUGGCCAUUUGAAGUCUAGUGGAAUGCUCCAGCUUCUUCUGAUGCCAUCUUCACUUUGUAAACUCACGUCCUUUAUAACCUUUUUUCUUUUAAUCUCAAUAACUGUAUGCCUCCUUUUUUAGGAGAGAGUGAUAUUGGUUGCUUAUUUUUACAUUGAAAAUUUAGGCAUUUGUUUCAUGAGCGUUAAGCGGUUUGCGACGUUUUUGCUAAGCAUGAAGCAAUAGAACAACUCGUUUAAGGUC